AUGAUACGAAGGUUCAAUGUUUUGAUUUGAACUAAACACGUACAUCGGAAGAAGUUAAACGAGAACAACGUUUAAGGUUUCUUACGAUGUCAGCUAAUGGUCUACCUGCGUUUUGGGAGAUGAAAAUUGACCCUACAUGUGGCAAACCGUUCUUUGUUGACCACCAAAAUCGGAUAACAACAUGGCAAGAUCCACGUAUAGCAGUUGCGACCACGUCUUAUUAUCCAUCUACUCAAGAAUUAAGCCAAUCUCUUGAAGGAUUACAAAUACCACAGCAAACUGACGAAGGACAAUCAUCAAUACGGGAAAAUCAUUACCCACAACGUACAAAAAUAGAAGAAGAGCCAUCUUGGAGUAGUAAAGUUAGUGGGGAAAGGAGUAUAGAAUAUAAUCCAACCUUUAACGAAUAUCCGUUUACUAGUACUGAACCUACUACUUCCAAUUUAACAUACAACUCAUAUAAUUUCAAUGCCAGUAAUUCAAGACUUCCUCAACAGUUUCCUACACAUUUUCCUUACACUAAAACACAGAAUUCUGAGUCUAGCAACCAAUAUCCAGGAGCUUAUUUGUCAAGUAACUUUAAUUAUCAAAAAGUGUAUAACCAAGGCAAUGUGCAUUAUCCUCAAACUUCAUUAACAAAUAUGGCACCGGCAACACCAAUUUUACCACAACAGAUUACUUUUCUACCUUCAUCACAAGGCAUUACUGUUGAUCCAAACUCUAUGACUAGUCAACAAAUAUCAAUGCUCCCUGUAAAGGGAAUGUCAUCAGCAACAGCUGGUCAACCCACAUGGCCUGCAUCUCAACCAAUAUCUGUAGUACCUCAAGCUCAAUCAAAAGGUAUACCAUCACAAGUUACUGGUACUUAUCUUCAAGGAUCAGACAUAAGUCACCACAAGUUACCUUACCAACCAAGAUCAUCUACAAAUCACCCGCAUGAAGGAAAUGUUUACCCAAAUCACCAACAACCUCAACUUCAACAACCACCACCAAAUAACCAACCACCUCAACAUCAACCACCAUCACCAAAUCACCAACAACCUCAACUUCAACCACCACCACCAAAUCACCAACAACCUCAACUUCAACAACCACCACCAAAUAACCAACCACCUCAACUUCAACCACCACCACCAAAUAACCAACCACCUCAACUUCAACCACCACCUCCAAAUAACCAACCACCUCAACAUCAACCACCAUCACCAAAUCACCAACCACCACCUCCAAAUCACCAACCACCUCAACUUCAACAACCACCACCAAAUCAUCCAUCUCUUCGAUAUCACCAACCACCACCAAAUCACCAACCACCACCACCAAAUCACCAACAACCACCAAAUCAACCAUCUCAACAACUGCCACUAAGUCAGCAACAACCACAAUAUCACCAACAACCACAAUAUUUCAUGCAACAACCACAAAAUUACCAACAAGUACAGAAUGUCAACAUAAAACCACUUUCGCCUGAUGUGAAUAUGCCAACAAGGGUUACUGCACAUGGUUAUCUUACUCAGCCAAAUAUCUACCCAGUUUGGGGAACACCUGUGUCCACUUCUCUGGGAGUCCUUUCCAAUACAAAACCUCCAAGUGGUCAAUAUACUAUGACCGAUAUACAUGGUUAUCCGUCAGUACAAGGUGCGAUUGGUUCAACUCAAAAUCAGCAAGGUGUUGGUUUAUUUCAACCAGCUAAUAUGACAUACUCACCACAAUUGCAAAACCAAGCUGUAACCAAUAAAGGUGGAAGGUCAGACCAAAAGAUACCACAACUGACAAACCAACUUACCUCACAGAGACCAAUGCACCCAUAUACACCUACCAUACCUCAACCAACUCAGCCAUAUCCCAAUUUAUCUUCAUAUUCACAGACAACACAAAUACCACCAUCAUUAUAUCAUAGUCAGUUUACAGCAGAUAUGCCACAAAAUGUAAAAAAAUUUGAUGACCAACCACAAAAGCAAUCAGUCACUCCUACCUAUAUCAAGUUUUCCUUGAAAGGCACAGCCUCUGAUGCCCAUAUUCAGAAUAUUAACAGAAUUUUACAACAGACCUCAGUACUAAUACCUCAGGUCCAACAGUUCAGAGGCCGAAGAGGUACAAAAGAGUAUGUUUAUUUGGAUGGAACAUUGACGGAGUAUAUUCUUGAGUUAGAUAAAAUUACCACUGAUGGUUAUGAAGAUGUUCGAACGGCUAGAAAGUCUGCCAUACAGAGCAUACAGGUUGUAUUGGCCUACCUUGAAUGUAAAUGAUAUUAAUUAAUGAUGGAUUUCAACAGACAGAAGUAUGCAAUGACUUUCUCAGAAAGUAAAAUGAUCAGGACGAUGAUCAGUGAUUUACUUCAUGCAAAAAAUACUAUAUGAUUACCAAACAUUUUCUAGUAACUUAAAUAUAAUGGGAAUAUAAUUUAUAUACAUGAAGAGAAAAAUGCUUGUCAGCAAGAUCAAUUUGAAAUAACUUAGUUUGGCAAAAGAACGUGGAUGAAGGAUUUCGUCUUAUAUAGAACAUUUGUAGGAAUUAUUUGUCAAUAAAAUUCAGUUAUUUUAAAAAA